AGCUGACGAGUGACGCGUGCGUGCGUGCCUGCCGUCCCCAACUCCGCCUCUCUCUCUCUCCCCCUUCCAUUUCUCUCUGCACGCAGGGAAAAAAAAAGUCUUCUUCCACUGCCUCGACGGCUCGACCGCUUCGCCUCCCUCGCCCCGCCGGAACCCUAACCCUAGCCGCGGAGCUCCACCGAUGGUACGGUCUUUGUGAAUUGAAGUAGCUUGGAAGAGUGGUGUUAUGCCCUGUGAUGGGAGACAAUGUUCUAAAACUCAGGGUGAGGUUGUCAGGGUGAACUGCAUUAUGGGUUCUGACAAAAGUUCAUGCUCUAGAACACGAAGUGGACUUGUAAGGAAAAAAGGCAUUUUUGCUCUCAGUAGAGCUUCAUGUUCAAGAACUCGAAGUGGGCUUCUAAGAGCAAAGAGCUUUGUGGAUUCCAGUGAUGUUUCGAGUUCUAGAACUCGAAGUGGGCUUCUAAGGAUAAAGAGAUUUGUGGAUUCCCGUGAUGGUUCAUGUUCGAGGUCACAAAGUGACCAUGUAAGAGGUAGCCCUCCUAUUGUUGAGGCUAUAGUAAAUGACGAAGCAGUCUUGAAGGAGUCUCCUGAUGGGUUGAUGAAAGAAGAGAUGCCUGCUAGAAGUCAAAAUGGGCCUGUUAGACAGAGCUCUGCUGACCAGGCUGUAACCAAGGACGAAUCAGGCACGAGGGCGCUUCCCAAUGGAUGUUUGAGUGAAGAUAUGCCUUCUAGAACGCGGAGUGGACUUGUCAGAAGAAGCCCUACUGUUAAGACUCUAAGCAAGGAUCAAUCAGUGAUUAAGGGGCUGGUUGAUGGGUCGCUGAAAGAAGACAUGCCUCUUGGAACUCGAAGUGGCCUUGUCAGAGGAAGCCUUGCUGCCAAGGUUCCAAUCAAGGCUGAACUAGUCAGAAAGGGGCCGGCUGAUGGAUGGCUGAAAAAUGACAAGGUUGCUGGAACACAGAGUGGCCUUGGCGGUGCAAGAUUAUCUACCAAGACUGUAAGCCAGGAUGAAAGAGUCGUUGAGGGUUUUCCUGAUGGAUGGCGAAAAGAAUACAGGCCAAGGAAGAGCGGUUCAUUUCAGGAUCCGUACUACAUUGAUCCAGUCAGUGGAUAUGAAUUUCGCUCUUUGAAGGAUGUGCACCGCUAUCUUAAAACUGGAGAUAUUAGACAAUGUGCCGUGAGACCAAAGAAGAGCACCACCUUCGAAGUUCAUGUAACCGAAAGUCAAACUCAUACAAGUUCAUCAUCGCAAUACACGAGGCCUGGUACUGCAGAUAAGGGUAUUCAGUGUGAAAUAUUAACUUCGGAUGGUAUCAUGGUGCCAUGGGAGGAACUAAUUACUCAAUAUAAUGGAAAUGAUACUGAACAUACCGUGUUAACAGGGCCUGAGAGCUUGAAAGCAAGUCAAGGAUAUGGCAGCAAGCUUGACACUGUGGAACACAUGAGUGUUCAACCGGUUUCUGUGCAUAAUGGUUCAAGGCAAACCAAAUCUGUUAAAAGGAAAGAACCAAAUGCAGAGGUGAAAUCCAAGAAGCGCAAAACCAGUUCUGCUGUGACUCCUGUUCGAGCGUCGCCCCGCUUAGCUGCAUUGAAUGUUCAGCUUGAUGUAAGAAUUGAACAUGAAGAUGAAAUAGUUACAAUAAAUCAUGUGGAACAGGUACAGGCUAUAAAAGAUGAAAUAGUUAACGUAAAUCAUGUGGAACGGGUACGGACUAUAGAAAAGAGCGCUAUCGAUCAGACACAGAAAAGCCAAUCAGGCUCUGUUGAUCAGAUUCAUGGUAAUCUGGAAAGCACUAUCAAUCAGUUACAGUUGAGCCAAGCAGACACUGCUAAUGGAAUGCCGGUUAUACAGGAAAACACUACCUUUCAUUCACAACCAAGCCAAUUGGAUAAUCUGAAUCCUACACAGAAAAAACAGGAAAACAGUGCCAAUCAGUUACAAUCGGUGCUCACAGAUUCUUUGCUUCCAAAACAAAUCACACAGGAAUGCACUAUAGAUCAGCCAAGCCAGCCAAACAUAAAUCAUAUACACACAGAUCAGGAAUUCACUGGGAAUCAAUUCCGGUCGAGGCUACCAGCUGACACUGUUAUUUCAUUAGGGGAUAUUGAAGAAUGCACAGCGGGUCACUCACAGCCAAGCAAUACUGACACUACAGGCCAGAUUCAGGCCAGUGAGGAAAACACUGCCGAUCAAGUACAGGUGAGCCUAGCAGACACAGUCAUUCCGGUACCGGCUAUUCAAGAAUAUGCUACUGGUUAUUCACAGCUGAGUAAAACUGACACUACAAAUCAAACACAGACCAAUCAGGAAUACAUUGCUGAUCAAGUACAAUCGAACCUAACAGACACAGUCAUUCCAGUACAAGGUAUUGAGGAAUACACAACUGAUUAUUCACAUAUUGGUAAAGCUGACAUUAUGAAUCAAAUACAGGCCAAUCAGGAAAACACUGAGGAUCACUUAUAUUUAAGUCAAGUAGACUGUGUCACUGAAAUGCAGAUAAUUGAGGAAAAUUUGUCCAAGCAACCUCAGCUGAGCCAAUCAGAAACUGGGGCUCGAAUACAAAUUGAUCUGGAAAGCACUACCGAUCACUUGCAACCAAACUAUGAUGAAAAUUCUAUGCUGCAAUCUGGUUUCUCUUGGGCUCCUGAACAGAACGGCGGAGCCCCUACUACAGAUUUCUGGAAAAAUGUUGAAAGUCAGGCCUCAUCGGUUUCCAUGCCAAUAAAUGGAGUACCUGUUGCAAGCUUUCCAGCAAAUGUUAGAUUCCACAAUGCAGCAGCAGCAGAACCUGCUUUGCUGCCACAGGUUGCUCCAACCGAAACAGGUUCUGAUCAGUCUGGGUUGGCCUUUCAAUCCGCUUUCGGAAACAUCUGGUCAGAUCCUUGCAUCGAGUUUGCUUUUAAGACUCUUACAGGUGACAUUCCUGUUCUGGACGACACAACAGCCGUCACAGACUACUUCCCAGAGCAACAAGACUUGAAUAAAGGCCCAGCACAAAAUGGUGCAGGUUCUGUAUUUGACAAUUCCAGAAACCACACACAAGUCGAUGUUAACCUUCCACCACCUACACCGGAUGAUUUCUGCAAUGGCAGUUGGUUCCCUCCCCAAUGAAUUCAGUGUAGGGAGGAAAAAAUGCAAUAACCUUUUGUACCUGUGAAAAGGCAAAGCGAAGGGGAAGGCUAGUGGCCAAAACCCAAAGCAAUAGUUGUGCACUCUUGUUAGCGCUCUGAUCUGAAUGUGUAAUCCCAGUGGACACAAUUUGUAAAUGACAGUAGCUUCUUAGCCUUAUUAGACUGUUAAUACACUCAACUGAAUGAUGUCCGGUUCCAUCAACAAGGCUUCACGGAGACUGUCGAGUAGCUGAUCUGGAUCAUGUUUCCUAUAUUUUGCUUCUGUGCAGUUGCCUAAUAAACCCAUUCGUUGUAAACUAGCUAGUUCUAACUUAAAAAGCUGCCUCAGGGCCUAUGUGGCUCUAAUUAUUGUGCAGAUGAACUGUUCUUCUGGACAUUUUGAGCACGCAGAUGUAACAGGCUCACAUGUGAGCUUGUUCGCUGGUCUAAAAAGAUAUGAGCUGAAAGUACUGUUUACUAA